ACUGCUCUCCGCUUCCAGCCACCUUCAGAACAGCAGUAACACCUUUCACAAAAGAUUAACAAGUGUCAUCACCCCUGGACUCCUCUCUGUCACGGGAAGCCUCGGAGACACCUCUGCAGCUCAUUUCCAAGCAAAGAGUUUCCUCUCUCAGAAUCUAGGAGCUCCUCUGGUUUAUCCUUUGGGGAUGUCCCCUAGGGUGGGACGAUUGGGAAUGAGGGAUGGAAACAAGCCAAUCCUUUCACAUAGACCUAUCCACGCCCAGGCAGGUCUCCUCGUGUAUAAAAGCCAUCUGGCUGGGAGCUGGGAAGCGAGUCUGAAGCCUGGCUCUCCAUCGGACGCAUCGGACACCGGACGGCGCCGGGACCACCUGCGGCUUAAACGGCACCGACGUGCUGGAGAGCAGACACCAGCGAGCGCAGCAGCCGGGAGGAGCAUGGAGCUGCAGGGUACAGCAGCGGCCCGCGGGGCUGAGGGCUUCAGCAACACCGGCUUCCAGAUUGAAGACAAUUUCCUGGAAAACCAGAACACGUCAGAAAACAACAGCUCCGUGAGGAAUCGAGCUGUACCAAGUGGGGAGCAAGGGAACACCAAGCAGGGUGAAGAACAAGUCAUUAUUGAACAGGAUCCUGCAAGAAACAAAGAUGACGAUGACGAUGACAAUGAGGUGGAUGAAGAAAUGCACGCCAAAGGGUGCUUGGCAAGGAAGUAUGAUAGAGUCUGCGAUUUUUGCAGGAAACACAAAACCACCCUUCGCUAUAUCAUCUGGGGCAUUUUAUUAGCAGGGUAUCUGGUGCUGGUGACCACAGCCUGCGUGCUGAACUUCCACAGAGCCCUUCCUCUUUUUGUGAUCACCGUGGCUGCCAUCUUCUUUGUCAUCUGGGACCGCCUGAUGGUCAAAUACGAACGUCGGAUGGACGAGAUCCUCUCUCCUGGGAGGGGGCUUCUGAACCGCCACUGGUUCUGGCUCAAGUGGGUGAUUUGGAGCUCACUGAUCCUGGCGGUUAUGUGCUGGCUGAUCCUCGAUACUGCCAAGCUGGGCCAACAGCAGCUGGUGUCCUUUGGCGGGCUCCUAAUGUAUGUCACCCUGAUAUUUCUAUUUUCCAAGCACCCGACCAGAGUUUACUGGAGACCUGUCUUUUGGGGAAUUGGGCUACAGUUUCUUCUUGGGCUCUUAAUUCUAAGGACCAAACCCGGAUUUAUAGCUUUCGAUUGGCUGGGAAAACAAGUUCAGACUUUUCUGGGGUACACUGAUGCUGGCGCGUCGUUUGUCUUUGGUGAGAAAUACACAGACCACUUCUUUGCAUUUAAGGUCCUGCCGAUUGUGGUUUUCUUCAGCACUGUGAUGUCCAUGCUGUAUUACCUGGGGCUCAUGCAAUGGGUCAUCAGAAAGGUCGGAUGGGUAAUGCUGGUUACCAUGGGCUCAUCUCCUAUUGAAUCUGUAGUUGCUUCUGGCAAUAUAUUUGUUGGACAAACAGAGUCUCCACUGCUGGUCCGCCCGUAUCUACCGCACGUCACCAGGUCUGAACUGCACGCCAUCAUGACUGCUGGCUUCUCCACCAUCGCAGGAAGUGUCCUAGGCGCGUACAUUUCUUUCGGGAUUCCUUCCACCCAUUUGUUGACGGCUUCAGUCAUGUCAGCGCCUGCGUCAUUGGCUGUAGCAAAACUCUUUUGGCCUGAGACAGAAAAGCCUAAAAUAACCCUCAAGAAUGCCAUGAAAAUGGAACAUGGCGAUUCGAGGAACCUGCUGGAAGCUGCGACCCAGGGAGCAUCCUCCUCCAUCGCUCUGGUGGCCAACAUCACUGUGAAUCUGAUUGCCUUCCUGGCCCUGCUGUCUUUUGUGAACUCAGCCCUGUCCUGGUUUGGAAACAUGUUUGACUACCCACAGCUGAGCUUCGAGCUCAUAUGCUCCUACAUCUUCAUGCCUUUUUCCUUCAUGAUGGGAGUGGACUGGCAAGACAGCUUCAUGGUUGCCAAGCUCAUAGGCUAUAAGACGUUCUUCAAUGAGUUUGUGGCUUACGAGCACCUCUCCAGAUUGAUCAGUUUGAGAAAAGAGGCUGGACCUAAAUUUGUGAAUGGUGUGCAGCAGUAUAUGUCGAUCCGCGCCGAGACAAUUGCCACGUACGCCCUCUGUGGAUUCGCCAAUAUCGGUUCCCUAGGCAUAGUGAUUGGUGGACUCACAUCCAUGGCUCCAUCCAGGAAGCGUGACAUCGCUGCUGGGGCAGUGAGAGCGCUGAUCGCGGGGACCACCGCCUGCUUCAUGACUGCCUGCAUCGCAGGCAUCCUGUCCGCCACUCCCGUAGACAUCAACUGCCAGCACGCUUUAGAGAAUGCCUUCAACUCCAGCUUGCCCAGUAGCACACCUGAAGUGGUAGCUUGUUGCCAAAGUCUGUGGACCAGCGCUGUUGCCAAGGGACCCGGUGAGGUCAUCCCAGGAGGAAACUAUAGCCUGUACGCUCUGAAGGGCUGCUGCAAAUUGAACCCAUUGACAUUUAACUGCAGUUGGAUCCCGAAUACAUUUUGAGCUCACACACCUCCCCCCAGAACUCUGAGCACUGGUGCUGAAUUUCUCCUUUGGAGACAGAAGAAGGGUGGGUGGGGCGGGGGGAGGCUAUGGGGCCUGGAUUGAUACUUUCAGUGGGGAAUCAGUUUUAGCUGCAUGGAAAGAAGAAAAAGAAGAGUACAUCCUUCAGGGCUACACUAUCUUCCUCCUCCCCUUCUGCCCACCCCCAGUCCAUCCCUUCCCCCCUGAGAAGCCAUCUCCAGUUCCAACAAGAUUUUCUUAGCUUAGAUUUUCAGAACAUUUCAUGAGAAUACAGAUGUAAAUCGUGGCUUGCAACAGCUGGGCUGUGAUUCAAGCACAUCCUCAUAACAUCUAAGUGGCUGACUGCCAGCACCUCUCAGGUGAGAUCGCUCUGUAUCCACCGUAGCUUACCUGAAACAGCCGGAACUUGCAUUUCACAGGGAGAAAUGGUCAACACCAGUCACCCUCAGGAAGUCCUGAAGAGGUCGUCGAAUGCUUCAGGAGAUCACACAGACCCUACCGAAACAAGGGUUUCAACUCCCCUUGCUUAAAGGGUUGUAACAGUCAGCGCAAGCUAAAUUGGUCUGCAGUAACAUACAGCCCCCAAACCUCAGCAGUUCACCAAUUUCCUUUUCACUCCCAUGCAUGUUUGUGAAGCUUGACUUAGGCUGCACUCCACGUUUCUUCAAUUUCAGAACCCUAUAUGGGGGCAUAUUGGUCUAAAGUUAGAAAGGGAGGCAGGCGGGGGCAGGUGGUGACAAAAACGUCUCCAGGAAGUCGCAUCCUUAAUUUACACUACGUCCCUAUCAGCCAAGGCAGUCCUAUGACAAGCACAGCGAGUGACCACUGAUGAGUGACCACCUUGUCAGAGACAGGGCCAAGCAGCGUGAUAGGUCACAGUGAUACGUGAUACCCACGUCUCCCUUCAAGGAGCCAACCUUCUGCGGCAUAAGUCACGUGCAGAUCCCAUAAUAUCCCUGUGACAAGAUGGGAAAACAGCAACUCUUCCAUCAAGUAGUCAUGAAAAGAGCAGCUGAGAAAGACAAGUCCUGGCAGAGACCUGGAAACCUUCCGUUAAUACUUCAUUGGCCAGGAAGACGUUAGCAUCAAACUUGCUUAAUGGAUCUCAGCAUCUCAGAAGAAAAUUCCAGAGUCGGUGGUGGAAAUGUUUUUACUGCCCUUACUAGUGUGACAAUCAUGUGGAAUAAAAAACUGAAUCAAAGAUGACUCAAAGAUGACCUCAAGAAAAACAUUCUGGGAAAAAAAAAGGUUUUGAAAUACCUUAAGUAAUUUAUUUUGUUUAUAUUUUCCCUGGUGUCCAUUCAGAAAAAUAAAUUUUUGUAAAUCCAUGGGAAACUAUUUGAUAUUUU